AUGGUAGAAAUUCCAUUUGGUGUCCAAGUAAUAUUAAAUGACGCUUUUAAAUGUGCGCACAUACAAGAAAUUGCCAUACCAGACUCGGUGACGUUUCUUGGUGAUUGUGUGUUUAAUGGGUGCACCAAUUUAACACGUGUGACACUUCCCUCUUCACUUAAAUACAUCCCCUCACAGACUUUUGAAAAAUGUGUGUCGCUCAAAGAAGUUAAAAUCCCGUCAACUGUAACUGCAAUUGGAUAUGACUGUUUUGGUGAUGAUUGUGGAGUACUCUCCAUUGUUGUUACACCAAACAUAUGUGUUUCACUCAAUGCUUUUGAAUGUUCAAAUUUGAAUCACAUCGAAUUUGUUGGGCAAAUGUAUAUAGCUGAUUAUGUGUGCGGGUAUUGUUCGUUGUUAAAAAGUGUUAAAAUGGACACCACAGUGCAGGGUAUUGGGAGUCACUCGUUUUAUCAGUGUGAACAACUUGAAUACAUUGAUGUCCCAUCAUCACUUCAAAUCAUCAACAUGUCCGCAUUUGAAAAAUGCACUUCCUUACGCAAAUUUGUGAUUCCACGAGGACUUCUGUAUAUGUGUGCACGUGUAUUUUGUGACUGCUCCAAUCUGGAGGAACUGUAUUUUCCAGAAAACACGAAAUUUAGUGGUGUUGAUGUGUUUACCAAUUGCAUUAAAUUAAGUGCACUGACACUCCCAAAUUUCAAUGGGAAAUUGACAUUUGCAAUUAGUAAAUACGAAGAAGAAAUGGUCAAUAAAUUUGGGUAUACUGCACUUGAUGUUGUGAUUGAUAUUGAUUAUGAAAAUGAACAAAAUUACAACAACGACGAGGACAGAAUUGCAGACGAGAAGUUACAUGAAGUGAAAGACAUGUUAAACUGUGAUGAAGUUGUGUUAGACAAAAUAGAACAAUGUAAAGUGUUUGACUUUCGUGAAGCUGAAAGUGUUAGCGGACAACGUUUUUAUUAUAAUAAAUAUCUACAAACGGUGUACUUCCCAUCGACAAUUGUGGACUUUAAUUUAGAAAACAUCAGUAAUAGUACCGAUAAUCCCGUUGAAAUAUCAGAGAAUUGUUGCAUCAAUAUGAACAGAGAGUUUUCAUAUGACAUGACUUCUAAUUUUGUGUUUCCAACAUCCAUCACCAAAAUUGGUGUACACAACAUUUGGUAUGGAGUACCAAGAAAGUAUGAUGUACCAAGUACUGUUGUCGAAAUUGGUAAGAACGCGUUCAAUGGGUACUGUUAUCUUGAAGAACUUGUCAUACCAAAAAGUGUCACGAAAAUUGGGAAUGGGUUUGUGAGUGGGUGUAGCGUGCUAACAAGUCUUGUGUGCGAAAAUGGCACUUCCUUUGAUUUAAAGAAAAUCACAGAAAGUGAUACAAAUACACUUCACGAGUUAACCAGAGACACUACACCGACUAAAUUGGUGAUUCCAAAUGGAGUCACUUAUGCGUAUAAUUGUGUAUCAGAACUUGCUGAUUUAAAGGAACUUUUUUCAUUGCCUUCAACACUGAAAAAAGCAGACAAAUACUUGUUUUCUAACAACAAAAAGUUGACAAAAAUUGAGUUGAAUGGAGUAGACAGUGACAUUUUCGUGGUCAGCUACGAGUGCCAUUUAAGACUCAAAGCACUUGG